AUGGCCGCCGCCGACGCCGACGCCGCGAAGCUCUCCGUCUCCAUUCAGGCCUUCGCGGCGCUCCUCGACUGCUGUGCAGCCGCCGGCGUGGACUGCGACGGGAUACUCCUCAGCCGUGCCACCCUCCCCCCUUCCUUCUCCGACGACGAUCCGGCCCCAACCCUACCCAUCUACGUCACCGGCCACUCCUCGCUCGCUCGACCCUCCGCCCUCUCCAACGCACUUAGCUGCUUCAAGCCCUGCUUCCCCGCACGCACGGGCACGGCCACCGUCGGCUUCUUCUCCUCCCGCCACAGCGCGUGCACGAUGCGCCGCCCCUCCAUGCGCGAGGCCGCCGUCGCCCGCUCCCUAUCCAAAUCUCUGGCCCUCGCCCACCCCGUCGUGUUUCUCCUCUUAGCCCCCUAUGUCGCCACCGACCUCUCCAUCUACUCGUUCGCCCACCGCGCCUUCCUCCUUGUUGAUUCCCGCCUCGUCCCCACCUCCCUCACGAUCGUCAACGUGGGUCCUCGUUACCGGGGCCAGUACCAGUGCCACACCUUCGCCCCGGAGUCGCCAAUGCCGCGGCUGCCGCCUCAGCCGGCAAACAUCGGAGAGCAAGCAACCGAGGAGGAGGAGAUGUAUUCCGGGAUGCUAAGGAGGUUGGAUAGGCUUGCUCAGGAGGCGGAGGAGGGCAAUAAGCUUCUGUUCCGUCAGAAAAACAAGAACUUAUUGGCAUGGAGAAAAAUUGCUGGGCUGAAGACUCGAAGUAAGGGCAGAGAUCUUGUUCUCAGUAAGGGUGUAGAGUAUCUGUAA